UGUUAGCAACAGUUAUAAUGAUAGGUGUAACUGAAGUGGUGUAGUGGUUGUAAUUGACGAGGACGACGACGACGAUGAUGAUGAUGAUGGGAGGGUACUAAGUCCUGUCUGUAGCACUCUAUAGUAAUAGUUGCGGCAGUGAUACGCACAGUGGUCCUGGUGGUGGUGGUGGCGAUGGUGGAAGUGAUUAUGGGAUGUAGAGGACGACGUCGGUAGUGGUAGUAGUAGUAGUAGUAGUAGUAGUAGUGGUAGUAGUAGUAGUAGUAGUAGUAGUAGUAGUAGUAGUAGUAGUAAUUUGUGGUAGUGGUUGUUGAUGUAGGGUUACAGUGGUAGUGAGGGUGUUGAUCGUAUGAAUGAUAAUGAGUGUGAGUGAGAUGGCGGUGAGAGAGAGGAAACAAUAAUAGGAAGAAAGAAAGAAAGAAAGAAAGAAAGAAAGGAAGGAAGGAAGGAAGGAAGGAAGGAAGGAAGGAAGGAAGAGAGAAAGAGAGAAUUAAAGGAAGAAGCAAGCGCACGUAAAAAAAAAGAAUUACAAUACAAUACAGGCGGAGGGAAGACGAGAGAAAAAUAAUACAAAAACAAAACAAAAGACCGACAGAGAAAAAUAAAAUAAAAUAAAAUAAGGAGAAAUAUAUUAUACGAAGAAAGAAGGAGAAAGAAGAUGAAAAAAAGAAAGGAAAACUGAAAAGAAAAGAAGAAAAGGAAGCAUAUGUUCCGUGGUGAGAAGAAGGCUGACUUUUCAUGACACUCGGAGACUCGAGCGUGUAAACUACCUUUAGAAUGUGCAGAGUGGGAAACCAGCACUGCUCUGUCCGGAAUAAUGGGUCGACAGCAACUAAACCGGCGGUAAUAAUGGUCUCUCUGCUCCAACAGCAACAGCAUAGGCGACGACGGAAUACCCACCCCAACUGCCGCCGAUACAACAAUAUUCACCACCGAUACCAUCGACGGCGGCGGCGGCGUCGACGACGACGAAGACGAUGGCGACGCACACGGCCAAGACGCUAUCGCCACCACCAUCAUCACCACAAUCAUUAUUACCAUCAUCACCACCACCACUGCAACCAUCGCUUUCAUCGCCACUACUACAACUACCACCAAGUUCACCGCCCCCUGUGCCGCCACCGCCGCUACCAUCGGCGCCAACAUAGGAACGACCACCGACAUCACCAUAGUCAUUACCGAUAUCAAUACAAUCAUCACCGCUGUCAUCACGACUUCCACAGUCUCCAUCACCACCACCAUCACCAGCAGCAACAAGAGCAACAAAAACAACAACAACAACAAGCAAAACAAUAUUUUCAUCGUAGCCACCACCACCACUGUCACUGCCACUACCAUAAACACAGCCGAAAAUACAAUAACCACAACGACAACCACAAACACAAUCACCAUUACAACCUCAAUCACAAGCAGGAGCAAAAUCAACAACAACAACAACUGCAAUCAAAAUAUUACCGUCAUCAAAGACACUACCACAAACAGUACCAGCGUCAGCAUCACCACCACCACCACCACCACCCUACUACAGCGAUGUGUUUCUUGGCAAUAGUAGCUGUGGUGGCGGUGACGACGUCAGCGGCCGUCAUCAGAGUACCUGUUCUACCGACGUCAACUUUACUACACUCUACUACUACUACUACUACUACUACUAUACCAACGACAACAAAAACUGCUAGUGCUACUACUGCAACCAAUACUACCACUAAUAAUACUAAUACCUAUACUUCUAUUACAACUUCUUCACCUACUAUCGCUACCAGUGCGACUACUACAACUAUUAUUACUAUUGAUGCUGUUGUUGUCGUUGAUGCUACAGGUGUUGAAAAGAAAACUGCUACAAAAACAACAGCUACUACUACUACUACUACUACUAUCAUCUCCACCACCACCACUACUGCAGCUACUACCAAUACUAAAAAAAAUACUACAACUUUUACUACUGAAAAGUCUACUGUUACCCCUACAGGAACUGGUAACAUUAUUAUUACUACUGUUACAUGUAAUUCUAGUGAGACAAUAUCGUUUGCUGGCAUUAAUUUACCGAAAAAAGCGGGUCUCACCUGUACUUCUACACCGUUAACUGGCGCGACAUGUCCCACUACCGAUCAUAUUAGCGCUACUGUUGCUGCUGUCGCUACCACCACCACCUCUACCACUACCACCACCACCACCAUCACCACCACCACCACCACCGCCACUACCACAACCACCACUACCACCACCACCACCACUACUACUACUACUGGUUCAGCCAAUGGAAUGAAUGAUGAUGAUGAUGGGAAUAAGAUUACCAAUUCUCAUGCUAACGUUUCUAAUAUUACUGUUAUCUUUCUCAAAGCAACUUCUAUCAAAUGGAAUUGGAAUUAUAUUGUUAAAAGUUCUUUCAUGUAUAACUACAAUGUUACAAAGAGGGAUACAUGUUUUAAGCUGUCAAAUUUCUUUAAUGAAUUUAUUGACAGGAAAGAAAUCAAAGAGAGUGGAAAGUUUGUUGAGUUCAAAAUGUGUUCCGAUUACUGUCGUAUGAUGGAGGAAAUAUUGUCAAAAAAUGCAGUUCGGACAAGAAAUUCUUACCUGGCGUCCACAAAAAUGUCGAUUCGCAAGAUACCAGAUUCGGUAUUGAUGGAAGAUUGGAAAAUGAAACGAGAAUCACAGUCAGAUGGAGAUGGAUUCCUUGAUAACGAGAGAUAUACAACAAAAACUCACUGGAGGGGCAUUAAGAAUUUACUCGAAAUAUAUAAGAUAACUGGAUUAAAAAACUCAGAAUCAUCUCAAUCGUAUAAGUGGAAAACUGUCGACUGCUGGGGGCGAAUACUUGAAACGAAACAUAUAGCAUUAGUAGAUCGCUCAGAAAGUCAUCAUGGAAACACAAUAAUCGUCAAAAAACUAUUGCAUGGAUGGACCAAUGAUAUAACUUGUAACACGACACGAACAUUCAAUGAGUCGAAAAAUAUUACUUUUCCGUUAUUGCAACAAUGUUUAAAAAGAUGGCCGACCCAAAAGCAAUUAAAAAGAAUGCGUGGAUUACAUUACAUAGAAUGUCAAGAUGUAGUUGAUGACCAUGUGUUGUUUAUAAAAUACCACAAAGUAUCCUCGAAGAAAUAUUUUGUUACAAAAAUUACUCCUUUAAGAAAUCCUAGUUAUGGACAUUGGAUUAAUUGUAAAGACAAAGUUAAAAUAAUCCAAUUACUUAAGAUAGACCGAUCCAUUGUUUCUUCACAUGACAAUCAGAAGAAAUUAAGAAAUGAGGGGAAAUUGGAACACGAAAGUACUUCACAUACACUGUCUGCAUCAAAUUCUGAUGAUAAAAAUAAUAAGCAAUCACAAGCAUUUAAUAAAAAGUACCCUCACUGGAAUAAGACAAAUGCCAUCAGAAAAGUGAUCAAUUUUGGAAAUUGUCUUGUGAGAGUCAAAGAUUCGAAGGACUAUCUUGAUGUUGAAACUAAAAUCUUUAGAAAUUCAAAUAACAAAAUUCUGAAAAUCUGUUUUCAAGAUAGAGGAAGUCAUAAAGAAGGAUUACUUGUGGAAAGUAACCAGUUUUGGACACUAUCAAAUGGAAAUAAAAAGAAUCACACUGAAAAAUGGAAUUAUGGAAACUUGGUCCAUUCUGUGGCUAUUUCUUCAAAGGACGUGAAAGAUGGUGGCACGCGUAAUGUUAUAUGCAACAGCUGUGAUAAGAGUAAUGCCGGUGAUGAUGUAAAAGAUGUAGAGGAGAGAAAUUUUGGAAAAUUUAGAGAAUCAAGGGUUCCGAGAAGUGCUACUGAAAGUAAACAUAGUCAAAAAUAUUACGGGAUUUCUGAGAGAAUGAAAUAUUUUAGAUUUAAAGAUAUAUAUUUCACUGACCAGGUAACUAAACAAAACUAUGAAACUACUCACAGAAACAAUACUUUCAGAAUAAACUCGAGAACAGUAUGCAGAUUUAAUGAAAACGCAACGUUUUACAACAUCCGCUUGAAUAAGAAUUUUUCUUCGCGUAAUGAAACUGGAUUUUACCAGGGUGAUGAAAAUAUUUUUUACAACAAAUACGAUCACGACAUGCAUAAGCAUAGACAUAAGGAUAUGAAUGACACAAGUACAUACUGGAUUGAUUAUGCACAGUACAAGGAAGAAGAACGAUAUAACAGACUUAUGAAAUCAUUGCAUCUGCAAUACCUUCCAGAUUAUCAUUAUGAACAGGAAGAACACAAAGGUGACUUUUAUAGUGAACAAGACAGCGGGGUUCCAAAAUAUUUUAUCGAAAGACAACGACUCCAAGAUUCAGAAGGAAACUAUCCGCAUCAUAGGACACCCAAGAAAAAGAACAAACCCUGCGGGAAUCACGGCCGAUAUCCAAAGCGCACAGGAGGAUUGAAAAAUCUUAUUCAUCAUCCACAACAAUAUAUAGAACCGAUGCACACAUCCAGAGGCAUACGAGUUCGGUACGCACGAGAUGUCAGACAAUCGUCAUCUACAGCUUCACUAUUUCCCGGAUAUGGUUUCGGAAAUGCAGCGUACUUUUCUGGAAACAGACAACUUUUGCAACUAAAGUUAAAAAGAAAAUAUGGAAUGUCAAAAUCUAUGAUUCCAAGGCAACAAUUUACCAUUGAGUUCUGGAUGAAACCCGAAGGAGGGCAACAUAAUCCUACCGUUAUUAUUGGUCUGUUUGACUUGUGCCAUCAAAACCAAUACACCAAUGGUUGGUCGAUUGGAAUACGUACGAACGAACCUGGCAUGGAAGAAGAUGCUCGUGUGUACUUUGCUCUCAAAACAGACCGAUCAAAGGAGUCGACAGUACUGAUGUCAGAUCGAUCUUAUUUGCCUUACCAAUGGCUACACGUUUCUGCGUCAUACUCAGGCGAGAAAAUGAAGUUGUAUAUCAACAGUGCACUUGUUGCUGUUUCACAAGAGCAAACUGGCGACUUAUUCAGUGCAUCUGCUAACAGAUGCAAAGAAAUCCUGCUUGGAGGAAAGGCAUACACAAAAGACAAGCUUUACAGAGGGUAUAUAGAUCAAAUAUUAAUAUGGAACUUUGCCAUAAAACACAGAGAUGUGGCAAGAAAUCUAUACGACUUGACUAUACACUUACAGAAAGACAAAGGACUUGUGUUUAAAGAGGAUUUCAGCCAACUUCAGAAAUGGAAAACCAUUUUGAAAAGACAACCAUCUCUCGUUUUCUCUGAUAUAGAAGAACAACGUUACUCAAUUCAACUCGUGGCGCCACCGUGUGGAAAAACAGUUUGUGACAAUCCGGAUAUAAUUCGUAGUUACACUCGUCACAGUGAAUUACGCCAGGAAAAAAAAAUUCGAUAUCGAAUUGUUAAUGUAAUGGAUGAUGAUGAUGAUCGUAGUCCUAAGGUGACUAAUAACCAGGUGGUAAGACAACAUCGAGCCUUAAUAGCUGCAUUCAAACCUUACAAUAUAAGUUGGGAGUUAGAAGAAGUUAAAAUAAGGAAUGCGAGUUUAAAACAUAAGACUGUACUACUAGAUUGUCUUCCUAAUGAAAUAGGAGACAAACACUGUAAUCUAGAAUGCCAACAUACUCAAACCGGAAAUGAUGGAGGUGAUUGUGAUAUCGAUGAAAUACCAUGUGAUGCUGUUAAUCUUGGAAACGGGAGAUGUGACUUUGAAUGCAACCGAGCUUAUCAUAAUUGGGAUCACGGUGACUGCUGUAAGAGUCCGUUUAAAUCCCCAAACAGCACUUGUCUAGAUCCCAAUUCCCCUUACAGAGUGUAUCUCAGUAUGGACGAAUACAAAACAGCCUUAAAUGUGAACGGAAGUACUCAUUUAAAUGUCUAUUUUGCCUCAUGGUCUUUAAAAGGACUUGCCACUUUUCCUUGGGAAAAAAACGUCUACAGUUCAUUAGGGGGAACUAUAGUUGACACAAACAGUUUUGGUGUUCCUGGGAAGUUAGACGAACUGAUACAUGAGUUUGGACAUAACCUAGGACUUUGGCAUGUCCACCAUGGAGUAUCGGAACUAAAAUGCAACGACCGAUGCCGAGAGACUGAACCUUCUUUAGAACUAGGUGAUUUGUGUUCAGAUACGCUCCCAACGAUCCAGAACAUGAACUGUCGAGAUCCAGAUUCGACUGUCAGAAGAUGUGGAAUGGGGCCGUUUAAGAACACACCAUUCCGUAACUAUAUGAGCUAUGCAAGUGGCAACUGCACGGAUCAUUUUACACCACAGCAGGUUGCCCGAAUGCAUUGCUAUCUGGACCUUGUUUACCAACCUUGGCUUACUACAAUGAAACCGUCACCCGUGCCUUUAGUUCCAAAGGUUGUUGCUGCUACGGUGACAUCAGUCACACUCGUUUGGAUUCCUGGAUUGGGAGAAAACGUGUACGGCCCACAUUCCGAAUGCGAUAUGUGCUUAGAAGACGGUUCACUUUUGCAGUAUGCUUCUAGUGCACGAGCGCCAAGCGAUUCAAAGAGAAAGAUCCACUGGAAGAAAGAAGAAGCACUUGGACCACCAGAUGCUGAACUCUGUAAAGCCAGUAGAUUAACAUGGAUGCAAGAGAAUGAUGGUUGCAGUGAAAAAUGUUACAUAGAAUUUGGAUUUAAAUACAAUAUAAUUCCACAGAGAAUCAGUAUUUGGGUCGUGUGGGAGGCAGCAGUUGGAAUAAAGAAUGUGAAGUUUUACUUCGUGGACGGAACUACAGAUUUUCUCGGCCCGGUCAAGGCGUUCUGUGAUAUGCCAUUUACUGCAAGACUUAACUACAACAAGAAAGUUAAAAAGAUUCGCGUAUACACAAAUAACGGCUAUGUAGGAAUUGACGCCAUUCAGCUAGUUUCGACACCUGCAAGUGCCAAGGUUUGUAACAGCUGCCGACCAACAAAAUACCAAGUGAUAAGAAAUCCAAAAUUUCCAAGACCUGUAUAUACCAGUAACACGAUGUUUACAGAUAGAUCUGUUAAGCGAGGAGCGAAUUAUAGUUACACAAUCCAAGUUAAUAUCGGAAACAAAAAGAGUACCUUGUCACCAUCCCUUUAUUAUUACCACGGUCAGCCAUUUUGUGGCAACGGAAGGGUAGAAAGCCAACUCGCAGAAUCAUGUGAUGAUGGAAAUGUCCACAACGGAGAUGGAUGCACAAUGCAUUGCCAGGUAGAGAAAUUCUACAGGUGCAAAGGUACACCCAGCCUGUGUUACCGAUAUGAUGGUGAUGGCGUAUGUGAAAAAGAUGAAGAGGGUUCCAGUUUACGUGACUGUGGAUUUUUCACGCCACCGGGUUACGAAGAUCAGUGGCCUAUUUCUGUCAGUGGUAACCCACAGCAUCAAAAAAUGCCUGAAUGUCCAGAAGACGUACUGAUUGGUGCUCCGUCAAGGUUUCAGGAAUGCAAAAACAAUGCUGACCUAUCUGAUGUUUGGCAACCUUGUAAUAUAAAUUUCUUUUCUGAUAAUGAUUACUGGGUCAAGCUGUAUUUCAAACGUCCAGUGAUUGCAAUCGCCGUGAUCAUUUACUUAGGUUCAGACGGGAGGACAUAUGACAGCCCUGAGAAUAAGUUUAUCUUUAUCCAAUUGAUUGAUUCUAAUAAUCAAGUGACUAAUGUUGAAAGAAAAUUGAUGGUUGUUUGUAACACAAAUCCUGUCCAUGUAUCCAUAUUCCAUGAUCUUAGCAAGCCAUUUUUCAAGACAAAAGGUAUAAAACUAUCACUUUCUUCCGCAAACAUUGCUAUUGCUGGCGUUCGACUCCGCUCUUCCGAGAAUUUUGAUCCUAUAACACCAGAGAACUGUGGUGGAGACGAAUUUUACAAUCCACGAUCGCAACAAUGCGUUAACCAAACAUGUCCGCCGAUGUUAUGUGAACCACUUGUCAUAAAGAACUCUGCGAUAUCAUGCACUGGACGAAGUGAAAGUGAUGUCUGCCACAUUAGUUGUAUGGACGGUUAUCAACUAAACUACGCUCUAAAUGAAGUAGUUUGUGCAGAUGGUCACUGGCAGCGCUCCGAAGAGAUUAGCUGUCUCCCUGUCGACUGCAGACUACCAUCCAUGGUGCAUACAACAUUUUCUUGUCCGUAUGGUACGUCGUACAAGAAACACUGUACAUUUACUUGCAAUCCUCCGGCCCAACUUAAAGGCACAAACACUACAAUUCUAUGCGAAGCGAACGGACGUUGGUCAAUGGUUGAUGCUUAUUGCUUAACCUUUUGCCUGUCUCCUCUCCCACGUCCUCAUGCUCAGUUAAUGACUCGCUCUUGCACUCAUGGCAUCCAACAAGCUGGAACUAGAUGCAGAUUUCGCUGCAAGAAAGGGUUUCAUACAGAAGGAUUACAUACAAAACGACGGAGUUUACACAUGACUUGUCGGGAAAAUGGACAAUGGUCUGGCAGGAGAUGUGCACGUGUAAAAUGUGCUACGAUAGCACCAGAAUUUACUAGAAUGUAUAACUGCACGGAACAAAACUAUGAAGGCAGCAAAUGUACGUUAACAUGUCCAGGUGAGAGAAAAAUUCAGAAGAUUAAAUGCUUACAAAAAGGUAUUUGGAGUUCAAACUUUAAAAUGUGCCAUUUUCCAAAAACAUCCGCGUGUCCAUUACCAUUGCUACAUGACCAUCGUCUUCGUAAGAAGAAUUGUCACAAGCGGUUUGUUGGAUCUACUUGUGAAAUUAUUUGCAAUAGCCAGAUGUUUCAACCUGUUUUACCUAACAUGAAUGGUACGACUUUCACCAACAAGGACUACAAUGUGAAGUUAACGUGCACCGGUAUUUUACGUUGGUAUCCUAAUCCAAGCGAUAUUACAUGCAAACAGAUAUGCCAAGUGAGGGCCUUAAAAGACGGCUGGUGUGACAGCUCUAACAAUCGACCCUUUUGUGCAUGGGACCAAGGUGAUUGUUGCCCUUCGACGGUAAGAGGAGGCAAAAUUCAGUUGGUUUCACCAACGUGUUCCGAAAAAUGUGCUUGUAAAGACCCUAACGCCAUCGAGAAUAAUAAUCGAUCCAAAUAAUUCAGUUGCUGUUCAUACUGUUGUUGUAAUUCUUUUCGUUGUUGUUGUUUGAUGAUGAUGAUGAUGAUGAUGAUGACGACAACGACGACGACGACGAUGAUGAUUUUGAUGAAGCUAUUGUUAUUCUAUAUUUGUUGUACCGUUAGUCUGUGAAAUUGACUCUGUUAAUUUGCUUCACAUCUUUCCAAUGUCGUUAAAACAAAUGUACGAGUCAAUCGUCGUGAUCAAUGAAAAGAGUGACCACCCAACACCCAAUCAAGUUUGUGGUCGUGUGCCAAUGUUAAAAAUCAAUAAAUAUUUUUAAAGAGGAUUUAGUUUGGAAGAGUCGUUAAAGCAUCGGACGAAAUGCUAUGUGAUAUUUAGUUACGUGCGUAUACAUUCUCGCUUUCCAAUCCUGUCGAUAUUUAUAUCACCCUUUAUUGUUCUGGGGAUCGACGGAAUAAAGAACUAAUCAAAUAUCAGAAACUGAUUUCAUCAACCAUAGGCCUCCUCCUACACGAUAUGCGAACACGUCCGUGUGCCGAAGUUAUACAUUUUUAUCAGUUGUUGUUGUUACUACUACUACUACUACUACUACUACUACUACUACUACUACUACUAUUACAACUACUACUACUAAGGCGGCGAGCUGGCAUAACCGUUAGCACUCCGGGCAAAACACAGCAUUUCGU